AUGUGGCAAUACUAUCCGUUUGCGAUCGAGCCAUUCACGCAGCGGACUUUCACCAACCUUGAUGUGAUUGCGUCAAGACAGUCCAGUGAACUCUUCAAUCUCGCUAGUGCAACCUUGAAUCCUGUCAUCGGACUUUUUGAGUCACUGAAAGAGGAGAAUGGCGACAUUUUACCAUUAGUUUUAAACCAGAUCAUGCAACCCAUUUUCAAGAAUGUUGAGACAACGGAACACGAAAAGGAAUUGGUUGCAAUUCUUUGGAUUACGAUGGAAUGGACGCAAUACUUCGAAAACUUCUUUACCGCGGAGACCGAUGCAAUUACACUUCUUGUCCGCAGCAGCUGCCCGAGAUACAGUUUAUUCGAUCAACAGAGUGUCUCCGAAGAAGAGGUGAACGUUAUCAGUUAUGAGAUCAAUGGACCUGAAGCUACUGUGCUGGGCGAAUACGAUGCCCAUGACCCCAAAUAUGAGUCUCUUGAGGUUGCGUCCAUUCUCGUGGACCUAAAUGUCGACUCUUCAAAGAUACCCAGUGGUGAGUGUAUCCCCAAGCUUUCACUACAUCUCUACCCGACCGAAAAGUUCGAGGAGGCCUUCUAUACGUCCAAACGAUUCCUAUAUGCAGGAGUGGUCAUUGCCAUCUUUGCGUUUACAAGUCUUGUUUUCUUGCUGUACGACUUUUUUGUUGGAAGGAGACAGAGAAAAGUCAUGGAUCGUAUCAAAAUGCAAGACCUCAUUGUUUCGAAUGUCUUUCCCACGGCAAUUCGGGAUCGGCUUUAUGAUGGCAUGGGCAAAUCCUCGGAACGCGUCGAUCCGCUUGACAUUGACGGCGAAAACGACAGAUCCUCACGUGCGGCACCAAUGGCAGACUUGUUCCCCGAUGUGACCAUUAUCUUCGCUGACAUUGUUGGCUUUACCGCUUGGUCAUCUGCUCGUGAGCCCCCUCAAGUCUUUGACUUGCUUGAGACGAUCUAUGCAGCCUUUGAUAGAGUAGCUUACCGACACAAUGUGUUCAAAGUUGAAACAGUUGGUGACUGUUAUGUCGCAGCAGCCGGCUUGCCAGAGCCAAUGAAAGAUCAUGCCGUGGCGGCGUGCAAAUUCGCUCGAGACUGUUUGAAGAAGAUGAAAGAGAUUACUCUGAAACUCGAUGUAACGCUCGGUCCUGAUACGUCGGGCUUGAGACUGAGAGUUGGGAUUCACAGUGGUCAAGUGACGGCCGGUGUAUUGCGAGGUGAACGCAGUCGCUUCCAGCUUUUUGGUGACUCUAUGAAUACAGCUGCUCGAAUGGAGAGUACCGGAAGGGCGAGCUGCAUUCAGAUCUCACAGACCACCGCUGAUCUGCUGAAGGAAGGAGGCUUUGAUAACAUGACCAUACCUCGUAGGCAAAAGACUCUUGUCAAGGGCAAGGGGGAAAUGCAAACCUACUGGCUCCGUUCAACGGAUUCGAAGCGGUUUCAAAGAAAGAAUAGCAACCAACUAAUGGAAUCGACGAUUAGCGAAGAAGAAACAGUGGAGGACUCCUUCAGCUCUUCUGAGGACGUCGGUGACAAGGAUAGUGACCUUUUUGACAUGAGCGGUGUGGAAGGCAUGAGCAAAACCGAGCGCCUCGUCGAGUGGAAUGUUGAAGUUCUCAGCCCGCUGCUGCAGCAAAUAGUGGCUACGAGAGGAGGAUCUCGAAAGAGCAUCAAGCCUCUACAGGUCGUUGAAUGCAACAUUCGAUCUGGUCAAACCAUCUUGGAAGAGUUCGUACCUAUCAUUCACUUGAAGAGACCUGACAGUGAUUUGAACGACCGUCGGCAAAGAUACAGCUCGACCGAUGUGGGGGAUGAUGUCAAGUCAGAGCUACGACGCUUCCUCUCCAAUAUUGCCGAGUUGUACACAGACAGCAACCCAUUCCACAACUUUGAACAUGCUAGCCACGUCACCGCAUCCGUGAAGAAAUUGCUCAAACGCAUCGUCAACGUCGACAGUGGCAAUGGACUCACACAGCAGAAUGGAAACAGCGGAGUGAACAUGGUCGACUUGGCCGGUCAUUCGUACGGGAUUACUUCCGAUCCACUGACACAGUUUGCUGUCGUGUUUUCCGCCAUCAUUCAUGAUUUGGAUCACCCAGGUGUACCAAACGCCCAAUUGGUGAAGGAAGGCGCUCCAAAUGCUGAGCUGUACAAGAACAAGUCAGUGGCGGAGCAGAAUAGCGUCGACAUUGCAUGGACGAUUCUAAUGAAAGACGAGUACCAAUCCUUGCGAAGCUGCAUCUAUCAGACUGAAGAAGAGCUUCGGCGUUUCCGUCAGCUGGUGGUGAACACAGUCAUGGCUACUGACAUUGUGGACAAGGAAUUGCAAGCGCUUCGCAAGCAACGUUGGGAAACUGCGUUUUCCGACAAGGUUCAAGAACCAGCAUCGUCCUCCUCUGAAGAAUCGGAGUCCGAAGAGAGUCAGGACCGCAAGGCGACCAUUGUGAUCGAGCACUUGAUCCAAGCCUCCGACGUAGCGCAUACAAUGCAGCAUUGGUACAUUUACAAGAGCUGGAACGAAAAGUUCUUUUGCGAAUGCUACAAAGCGUACAAGUCGGGUCGGGCAGAUGUCGAUCCCAGUAUCAACUGGUACAAAGGAGAGAUCGGUUUCUUUGACUUUUAUGUGAUCCCUUUGGCUAAGAAGCUGGACAACUGCGGCGUGUUUGGGGUAUCCUCGCAUGAGUAUUUGAACUAUGCAAUGGCGAAUCGGGCGGAGUGGGUGCGAGAGGGAGGAGAGCUUGUGAAGCAGUUUAUGGAGAACUACAACAAAAGUGAGGGAAAACACUAA